AUGAUAACCUCAACUCUAUUCCUAAUUCUGGUAUCUUUGCUGGAGGUGUGGGCCAGGUCAAUCCCUGAGGCGUCAGGAAACCAGUCUGAAAGCCAGGUUGGGGUCAAGCGACAGCCAACAAAUCGUUUAGUGUUCGCACACUUCAUGAUCGGGAUCACGAGUGACAGAUCUAGCCCAUCUGCAUACGAUGAUGACAUGCAACGAGCCAAAUCCCUUGGGAUUGACGCAUUUGCUUUGAAUAUUGGCGUCGACUCCUAUACCGACCAACAAUUAGAGCUCGCAUAUGAAUCCGCUGCCAAUAAUGGAAUGAAAGUUUUCAUUUCCUUCGAUUUCAACUGGUGGAACACUGGACAAGCUUCUGCUAUUGGUCAGAAAAUUGCCCAGUAUGGAAGUAAACCGGCUCAGUUGAUGGUGGAUAACAAGAUCUUUGUAUCAUCAUUUUCUGGCGACGGAUUAAACGUUGACGCAUUGAGAUCUGCUGCGGGAAGACCGAUUUUCUUCGCUCCCAAUUUCCAUCCAUCGUAUGGAACAAAUAUCUCACCAGUUGAUGGACUGCUGAAUUGGAUGGCUUGGCCGAACAAUGGGGCUAAUAAAGCACCCUCAUCUGGAGCCAAUGUUUCUGUCGCAGAUGGAGAUAAGGUGUAUAUGAAUGCUCUCGGAAACAAGGCCUAUAUUGCACCUGUUUCUCCAUGGUUCUCCACUCACUUCGGGCCCGAGGUAUCCUACAGCAAGAACUGGGUCUUCCCAUCGGAUCUGCUUUGGUAUAACCGUUGGAACGAUGUGCUUGCUCUAGGCCCUCGCUUCAUCGAAAUUGUGACGUGGAAUGAUUAUGGCGAGUCACAUUACAUCGGGCCGUUGAAAUCUCCUCAUACCGACGAUGGAGCCUCUAGAUGGGUGAAUGAUAUGCCACACGAUGGAUGGUUGGAGAUUUCGAAACCGUUCAUCGCAGCAUUCAAGGACGGAGCUUCUUCACCAAACAGUUAUAUCACUGAUGAUCAACUGAUCUACUGGUACCGACCAGCACCGCGUGACCAGAACUGCGAUGCGACAGACACAUGUAUGGUCCCUGCAAAUAACGGAAGUGGAAACUAUUUUAUCGGUCGCCCAGACGGAUGGCAAUCUAUGCAAGAUUCUGUGUUCGUUGUGACUCUUCUCAAAUCUCCAGCAUCGAUCGAUGUGAACUCCGGAGGCACUGUCUAUACUUACAAUGCUCCGGCAGGAGCACAUGCCGAAGCGGUACCAAUGCAUGUGGGAGUACAAGCAUUUUCAGUCUCUCGGGGUGGACAGGCAGUUUUGUCUGGGACCAGUCUGAAGCCCAUUAUUGCUGGCUGUGUUUGUGGUCUGUACAACUUCAACGCUUAUGUUGGAAGCCUUCCUCCGGGAUUCAACGAUCCUCUUCAACCUGAUGGACUUGCAGCUUUCUCCCAGGGUCUGCAUGUAGCGACAUGUCGCCCCACUCCAUCCCUGGGAACCGUUCCUCCAGUUGCAACUACCACAACAACCACUUCUGUACCAACGAGUCCCCCCGGCGGCGGCCCCACAACAUCCUGUUCAGGUACCGCAACCGUCACGGUGACCUAUACUAGUACAACGACUGUCGUCCAAACUGCCGCUCCGACAGGCUGUACAGGUCCGGGAAAUCCAGGGGGUAAUCCCGGCGGGAAUCCCGGAGGCGGAAAUGUCUGUACAGGAGGAACAGGGCCUGGGAAUUAUAUUGGACUUUGUGCUUUCUGCUGUGGAUAUGGAUAUUGUCCACCGGGCCCCUGUACCUGUACUCAAUAUGGGCCUCCGGUGUCAGCACCACCCACUAACGGGGUCAAUGGAUUCCCACUUCCUGGUGAAGACGAUUCAUAUCUGGGUCUCUGUAGCUUCGCUUGCAAUCGUGGAUACUGCCCUCCCACUGCGUGUAUGAGCCGGUAG